GCUGGGGAGCCGCGCGGUCCCGGAACUUUCCCCGGGUCGGCGGGACGCUCGAUCGGGCCAUGGAGGAGGGGGCUGGCGCCGCGUCCCCGCUCUGGAACUGGGACUACCUGGACCGCUGCUUCGCCCACCGCCGUGUCUGCAUCUCCUUUGGCCUGUGGAUCUGCGCCGCCUGCUGCUGGAUCGCCGCCCACGCGCUGAUUCUCUACCUGAGAUGCACAAAAAAAUGUGGCCGGGACCAGUCAACACUGUGUGCUGCCUUCUGCCUCCUGACCAGUCUGUGUGACACGGUGGGGGCCAUUCUGGCCAGACAGCUCACGAUCCAGGUGUUCACGGGAGCCUACCUAGCAGUUGUCGACUUUGGGAAUUUUAUGUCCAUCCUCUUCCCAGUCUGUGGAUCCAAAUCCAAGUUGAAGUCUGGUCGGAGCAGCAGAGAGAGGAAAAGAAGAAGGCAUCUGAGAGCCAGUGUGUUUGCCCUGGCUCUGCCUCUGUGCCUGGGUCCAGGCUGGGCGAUCUGGGCUGCUGUGCCCAAGACUUCAGCCCCAGUCCGAGGGCCACAGCGGAGGCUGCUGGGAAGCCUGCUACAGGAAAACCCGGAAGUCUUCGGCUACCUGCUGGGUGGCAUUGCUGCCUUUGGCUCCUGGGCAUCCCGGAUCCCACCAUUCUCCAAUAUCUGUCGGGGGAAGUCAUUCUCCUAUAUUCACCUGUGGACUCGGUUCCUGUCAGCUCUGGCUGGCCUCCUCUAUGCCUCGGCCAUCGUGGCCCAUGACCGGCACCCUGAGUACCUCCUCCAGGCCACACCCUGGUUCCUGAUUUCCCUGGGCCGAGCUGCGCUGGACCUUGCUAUCAUCUUUCUGUCCUGUGUGAUCAAGAGCAAGAUGAGGCGCACCUUCGGGUUUGCUGCCGAAGCCAGAGAGGGCCCCGACACACAAGCCCUUUUGACGUGCGCAGAGAAAGAAGACAAUCAGGAGGCCGGGAUCGAAGACAAGAACUCAGAUUGGGUGCCUCUCACCAGCCUGGGGCACCGCAAGCCACUGAGGACAAUGAUGGCCAUCAGUCGCUACAUGGAGCUGACCAUUGAGCCCGUGCAGCAGGCUGGCUGUGGUGCCACCAGACUGCCUGGUGAUGGACAGACGGUGACUGGAGAUGCCACCUUGCAGGAGCCGCCCUCAUACCCUCCCAUUCAGGUCAUCCAGGCCAGAGUGUCUUCCGGCAGCUCCUCCGAGGUCUCCUCCAUCAACUCCGACCUGGAGCAGAAGUAUUGGGAAGCCCUAAACUCGGAGCAGUGGGACCCUGAAGAUGUCAACCUUGAAAGGAACAAGGACAACAUGGAGUUCGUUAGCUCACAGAUGCACAGGGGCUCUUUGACUCCAGUGGACUUGACCUCUGACGACUGACCUCUCCAGAGCCAGUUCACCAGCUCAGAACUCGAGGUCAGGCAUCUGCCAGUGGGACAACCUACAGUGCCACCCCUGGCAGAAGCGGAAGCUGCUGCAGAAGCUUUCUAAGGAGUGAGGACCCCCAAGCUGUCACUUGGCUCAUGGUUCAAGUCUACCCCAUGGCUCAGAAUGGAGCUAAGGCUGUGGGGCCACUAGACAGAGCUUCACAGGCCACGAUUACUCUGAUGAUGAGAAGUUCGCAGAUGAAUCCUGUUUGUAAAGAUAAGCUUCCACCCAAAGGACAUGGGGUCUAUUGCCAUGAGAGUCAAGCGUAAAUACUGUUUGCUUAAUAAGAGGGUCGGACUCACCAAGUGCUACUGUUUGGGCCUCAAAAGAAUGCAUUCGAGAUUCAACUAAGCUCCCAUGAGAGACUGGGCCCACAAGCUAGGGGACCUGGGCACAUGCACAGGGACUGGCUUCUGCUGUCCAGUCCCAUACAUAGCUGCCACCACACGUUAUAGAGGACUGUCUGGUCAACCGAGUAUUUGAAAGACAUUGGCAAGGCAAGGGCAGCUGCUACCUGAUCUUGGCAACAGGACCCCCUCCAGCUUGGCCAAGUAUGGGCUGGGUUCGCACAGUAUGGGGUCUUAUGUGCACGCAGGGGAUACGGAUACAAAGCAAAGAGCGGUUUCAAGUAUGGCGAGGCCAUCUAAGGGUGGUUUUGAUACCGUGACCAUGAGUGAGGGGAAGAAUGAAGGGAAUGGGGCCAGGUGGGAGCGAACACUGGAUUGAGUGGAUUAAAAUAUCUCAAGGUGGAGUACAGGAAUAAGUCUGAAUCCUAGCACAGAAGUCUGCCACAAGGGGAACUGGGAGAAAUGUCAAGAAACACAGCUCUGCUCACAGCUGGCCCGUGACCGCCUGUGACUCAGCUGCAGCUGCCCAGUGUCUCCUAAGGGGUGGUGCAAAUCCCCACGGUGUGAAGAACGGGGUGCUGGUGGAAGGGGUUGAUUGUGUAGGUUUCUGCAUAGUGCCUAAUGCCUUGUGACCUCUAAGCCAGAAUUCAAAGCUGCUUUAUCUGCUUUGAGCCCUUGGUUUUCUUGUGAGGGAGCUUGCCGAAGUCAGUGUUGCUUUGUAGUCUUCAGUACUGAAGCUACUUUGAGGAAAGAGGAUCAUUGGGGCACGGGGUGAAAUGGAACAUUCCAGCGCAGAUCAUAGCAAACUAGAGGCAGUGAAGGGUGCGAUCUAGUCAAGGAAGAAGCCUGGCAUGCCCAGGAUGGCUGGAGCCAUAUAAUUUUGAAAAGAGAGAGCUGGGAAAGCAUCAGGCUAUGGAGACUAGGGUGUUAGUACCGAACGCUGUAACCAUGCAAGAAACCAAAAGAGGAAGGUGACCGACUUGCUCAAGUAGACUACAAUUAGUGAGUUUCUCAUCCUUGAAUUUUCAUAAAGCAG